AUGCCUAGAUCUUCUCGUACAGGUGAACUGCAAUAUAAUCCUGAGAUAGAGAAGACUGCUCGUGCAUUGAGAAAAGCAACAAGAGAACGAGCAGAGGCAUCCUCCUCAUCUACUGGACAUAAUUCAGUAGUAGAUUUUGUGGAUUCAUUUAGUGAGACGGAAGAGAUAGAUAGCACCAUGGCUAAUGAACGGACAUUGAAAAAAUUGGCUGCACCAGAUUUAAAUCAACAGCCUCUAUGCAUUACUUAUCCUACAUUAGAGGUUGCAUUUGAGUUAAAAUCUGGACUAAUCCAUUUACUUCCUUCUUUUCAUGGCUUACCAGGUGAAGAUCCCCACAAGCAUCUCAAAGAAUUCCAUGUGGUUUGCUCGACAAUGAAACCUCAGGGAGUCACAGAGGAGCAAAUUAAAUUAAGAGCCUUUCCAUUUUCCUUAGCCGAUAAAGCUAAGGAUUGGCUCUAUUAUCUGCCCUCUGGGUCAAUAUCCACAUGGACAGACAUGAAGAAGCAUUUCCUAGAAAAAUUCUUUCCUGCAUCCCGAGCUGCAAGCAUUAGGAAAGACAUCUGUGGAAUUCGACAAUUCAAUGGAGAGACUCUACAUGAAUAUUGGGAAAGAUUCAAGCAACUAUGUGCUAGUUGUCCUCAUCAUCAAAUUCCUGACCAACUUCUCAUCCAGUAUUUUUAUGAGGGUCUGUCCCAAACUGACAGAAGAAUUAUUGAUGCUGCCAGUGGGGGCUCCUUAGUGAAUAAAACACCCACGGAGGCAAGAAGUUUGAUAUCGAGUAUGGCUGCAAAUGCUCAACAAUUUGGAGACAGGCAGGAUAACACAACUCGUAGAGUCAAUGAGGUAAGUAAUUCUUCAAUAGAGCAAAGAUUAGAUUGUCUAAUUUCUUUGGUUGAAAAGUUAGCUAUAGGACAAAUGCAGCAAUUGAAAACAUGUGGAAUCUGCUAUGGUUCGAGUCAUCCAACAGAUAUGUGCCCCACACUCCAAGAUGAUUCGACUGAGCAGGCUAAUGCAGUUGGAUUUCCAGGACCACCUCAGAGGCGGUAUGAUCCCUAUGCAAACACCUAUAAUCCAAGAUGGAGGGAUCAUCCUAAUUUUAAUUAUGCAGCAAGGCCACCAGGAUUUCCACAACAGUCACAAUAUCAACCUAGACCUCAACUUUCACAGCAACAAUCUGCUCCUAAAUCAGUUCAUAAUUUGGAGAAUCAAAUGAGCCAGUUAGCUUCCACAGUCAAUAGAUUGGAGUCCCAAUUAUCUGGAAAGCUACCUUCGCAGACAAUUGUCAACCCCAAGCAAAAUGCUAGUGCCAUCACAUUAAGAAGUGGCAAAGAGUUGCCUGAGCCGAGCAAGAGAAUUUCUGAACAAGCAAUCGAGGAAGAGCUCGAAAAAGAUGGGAAUGUGUCUCAACCUAGGGCCUUAGAACAACCAGAUUUUGGAGAAAAAUCAACACAAGUGGUUACACCUCCGCCUCCAUUUCCUAGUCGACUGGCAAAGUCCAAAAAGCAAGAACAAGAACAGGAGAUUUUGGACACUUUUCGAAAAGUUGAGGUAAAUAUCCCUCUUUUAGAUGCAAUUAAACAAAUUCCUAGAUAUGCUAAAUUUUUGAAGGAGUUAUGCACUGGUAAGAAAAAGUUGAAAGGAAAUGAGAAAGUGCAUAUGGGAGAAAAUGUCUCGGCAGUUCUGCAGAAAAAAUUGCCUCCUAAAUGCAAGGAUCCGGGUAUGUUUACUGUCCCUUGCAAAAUAGGCAAUAUUAAAAUUGAAAAAGCUAUGUUGGAUUUGGGUGCUUCGAUAAAUGUUAUGCCUCGUUCUAUUUAUAAUUUGAUGAACGUUGGGCCUUUAAAAGAGACGGGCGUCAUAAUUCAACUUGCUGAUCGAUCAAAUGCCUAUCCUGAUGGAGUUUUGGAGGAUAUUUUAGUGCAAAUUGAUAAUUUGAUUUUUCCUGCAGAUUUUUAUGUGCUUGAUAUGGAGGAUGAUAAUUCUAAUUCAUCUCCAAUGCUGUUAGGGAGACCAUUUUUGAAAACUGCUAGAACAAAAAUUGAUGUUUUCACUGGCACAUUGACUAUGGAAUUUGAUGGUGAUGUUAUUAAAUUUAGUAUUUAUGAUGCCAUGAAAUAUCCUGGUGAAUCUCAUUCAAUUUUUGUUAUAGAUGUAAUUGAUUCUCUUUUGCCAUCUAUUGUGCAAGCCCCGAAGGUGGAAUUAAAGCAGUUACCGGAUAAUUUAAAGUAUGCAUUCUUGGGAGAUGGAGAUACACUCCCAGUAAUAAUUUCCAGUAAAUUGACUGCUUUAGAGGAAGAAAAAUUAAUUCGGGUGUUAAAGGACCACAAGGAGGCAAUAGGAUGGACAGUGGCUGACAUAAAAGGAUUAAGUCCAGCCACUUGCAUGCACCGCAUCUUGUUAGAAGAUGGUGCUAAGCCUUCGAGAGAGGCUCAAAGGAUUGAACCCACCAAUGAUGGAGGUAGUGAAGAAAGAAGUUUUAAAACUUCUUGA